CAGUGAGCUUGUCAAUGGGGAGAAGUCAGAAAGACAACAGGUCAAGCGGGGGAGGAGGGCGGACAGCAGGGGAAAGAAGAGCCAAGGGGACUGUCCCGACCGCAGCGGCUUGCUUUCAAGACAGGCUGUUGGAAAACCAUCGCAUCCGUGUUGCUUUCCCAGAUGUUGCAACCUGCGAUCCCUGCAGGCAGAGCAGAAUCAAAUGAAUCAAACUGAAAAUGAUAAGCCACAUAGUGGCCAUGAGGAAAAGAAACAGUUAUUCCUUCCCAAUUGGAAAGUAUCAGAAUUGUUGUCAUGUCUUGCAAAUGUUAAGAAUGGAGAGCCAACACACCAGUUGCUUUUGAAGGGAACACAUGCAUCUCUCUUCCAUACAGUGCGUUUUGCAAUAAAAUCUAAUAACUGGGAGACUGAAGCAAAAAACAAACAACAUUUGCUACCUCAUGAGUUAUGCAGUGGGUCACAAGAACAUGUAGCAAAGGAAGGUGCUGAUUCACUCACAACAGCAGUGAGAACUGCAAACAAAUUUCUGUCUGCCUGCUUAAAGUGGCUGUCUAAAUCAAAGACAAAGCAUUCUACUGCUAGAGGACACAGAAAACCUAAACGCAGCAGACAGUUGCCAGAGCAUAUGCUUCCUUACGUGCUUUUAAUCAGAAAUUGUCUUCCCUUGUCAACUUCUUCAAUCAAAUCCAAAUGUUCCAAAGGAGAAAUAUUAUGCAGGAUACAGUAUUUUACAUUGAGCCUCUGGAAAAAGGAAAAGCCCAAGCCUUUAUCUAAAAUUUCUCCCAUUUCUGAGUUGCAAAAAAUUGAAGAAACACAACAUAUCAAAUUUCUCAAUCUGAAAGAUCUGCAGUGGAAACUGUAUAAAGGCAUUGUGAAGAGGAAGCAGAAAGCGACAGCUUCACAGAGAGAAGCAAAUUACAGACCUUUUAGGAUAUUCGAAGAAAAAACAACAAAGGCUGAAUACAUCAUCCCUUUGAUUUCUAAGGACUAAAGAGUUGCUUCCUUUCUUCAAGGAGUUUGUGUUGCAGGUCCUGUUUGUGUCAAUUAAAGUCUGAAUUUAAAUGAAUGGAGAAUUACUACAGUUCAUAGAAAAUGCCAAUACUUUUGUAGAAAUAAUAAUAAUCCUAGUAGCUUGUAGAAAUUCAUUGUGGACCAGGUUCCUGUUGUGCCAGGCACUGUGUAAUCAUAGAAGAAAAAAAAAAUACACUCCAUGCCUCAAAGAGUUCACAAAACUAGGCAAAACCAAUGAAUAUAGGCUGACAUAGGGAAGCACAAGGAAAGAAUGAGAGAGUAUUUGCAAAAGAGUAAUUUAUUUUUAUGUUGGUGAAUGAGUUCCUACUGCACAACUUCUGAGUGUGCUUACCUGAUUAAAAACAUGAUGAGCCUUGUACUGCUGUCAGUUACACCAGUUUUACACCCAUGCAAAUACUCCUAAUUUAAUAUCAGAACCAGACUCAAAAUACACAAAAUAAUUUGCUCCUGCCCUUGUCAAUAGACAACAUGGUAGAAUGUUUCCUCCCAAUAUGACCACUGCAGGUAACAUGGGAUGAGAUGUGAAUGAGGAAAGAAGACGUUUAUAUUUUUACACCAAUAAUUAUAUAUUAAUUGAAUUGAUCCUAGGGAAUAAUCCAGGCACAGUUAAGCAGCAACACUCA